GCGCGAUUCUUCGAAGUCCGCACUCCCCACCGCCGUCGCUCUCUUUUCUCCUCCGGCGCUCGCCUCCAGACUCUUGCAGGAAGCGCCCGCUGCCAGUCCACUCGUUUCGCAUUCUCUUGAGUUCCGCGCUGGGUCUUGGGGCUCUUGUUCUUCUCCCGUGUGCACCGAACACGCACCCCGCUCACAUCUACAGAGGCAGAGAGGAAACACAUCCAGCUGGCCCCAGAAAGGACUGGAUGCUGCUGGAUAAUGACUUCAUCUCAACCUCCCAGCGACCCCUCCAGCGGGGCCCCUCUUGAGCCUUCCCUGAGUGAGAGUGCGGCGGCGGCGCCGAAAUCAGCGCGCACGCGCAGUCUACAGUCGGGCGCAAAGUCUUCUUCGGCGCCAGCUGCUGUGGCGGCGAAUGCGAAGGUACCAAUUCCCCGGCAGCGAUCUGGAGUCGAGGCCCGAUAUAGUCGUCGAGUCGCGAAGGCGUGCGAAUCAUGCAGGCAGCGGAAGACCAAGUGUAGCGGUGAUACGCCUGUCUGCAGACAAUGCCGCGAGCUCAGGGUUUCCUGCCAUUAUCCCGAUGGGAUGCGAGAGAAGACGAAGAGGCAUUUAGAAGAGCUUUCCUCGAAAACUCAAGACUUCGAGCAGCUGUUGAGGGACUUGGAAAACGUAGUCGACGGUCGUGCGGCAGAGAGGAUCAAGAGGACGCUGGCUAAGCAUUCCGAAGAUGAAGGAUCGGGUCUGCAAUCUGCCAGAGCUCAGGAGCAGGCAGAAAUUGGCGAUCUGUCUCCCGCAUCGUCUAUAGGUUCGUUGGAGGCAAUUGACCGUGUGGAGGAGGAUCUCAAUCGAGGGGAAGAAGCCAGAGCGACGGGUUAUAUUGGAAAGAAUUCGGAGAUCAGCUGGAUGCAGAGGUUGCACUUGGAAGCAGAGCAGCGUUCCAAGAAAGAGCCGGGAACAGCAGAGACCGAGGAAUUCUCGCUUCCUUCCAUGAAUUACCAUCUUGAUGACAUGGAUAUCACUGUGGAGGGACCCGUGGAUCUAUACUGGAUGCCAUCACGGCCGCUCGCGAACCAGCUUUUCCAGGACUACUUGAGAACAGUGCACCCCUAUUUUCCUAUCAUCAAUCGGCCUCACUUUACCGCGCAGUUUAGGACUUUCUACGAGCAGAAUCCUAGGCCCGGUGAUAAAUGGCUUGCGAUUCUGAAUCUCAUAUUUGCCAUCGCUGCUAAGCAUGCGCAUCUCAUCCAGGCUUCUUGGCGCGGUGAUUCACGCGACCAUCUCGUUUAUUUUACUCGCGCCAGGAUCCUCAGCCUUAAUGGGGACGUGCUUUUCAGUCACCCUGAUUUGCAACAAGUGCAGGUGGAAGGCUUGAUAGCCUUUUACCUGCUUUCUUCUGAUCAAAUAAACAGGGCUUGGAGAAUAUCUGCCCUAGCUGUGCGCUCCGCUAUCGCUCUAGGAAUCAACAUGAAAAAUACCAGUGUAACUACACACAACCUCUCCAAGGAGGCGAGAUAUCGCGUAUGGUGGUCUUUGUACUCAUUUGAACAUCUACUGGGGAUAAUGACCGGUCGAGUCACAUGCAUUCUAGAUGGUGUCUCAACGGCUCCAUUACCCCUUCCAUGGGAAGAGGAACAGCUGAGCAACCAAAUUGCAACGGAAUUCCUUAGCAACCCUCAACUUCGUGAGGCUAAGAUAGGGGGCGCAGUUGCCAGCGACCUUGUUCGGUUGAUGCCGCUGAACCCCCCAGGAGGGAAAACAGCUGAGAAACAACCGAAGAAGCGAGAUGCUGAGUGGCUGCAAAAGCUCAAUCCUGGUUCCUCGCUUUUCUACUUGUACCUUGUUGAUCUUACUGUGAUUACACAAGAGAUCGUCAACAAAGUUUAUACCGCAGAUGCGGUCAAGGUGCCAUGGUCUCAUAUUGAGAACCGAAUUGGAGACCUGAAGGCUCGCAUUGAUCUCUGGUUUUCAUUGCUACCAGAGGCCAUGGACUUCACCCAUAAGGGAGAUGACUCUCCUGAAAUCGUACGGUGGAAGUUAGGCCUUGCGCUUCAAUACUAUAGCGCUCGGAUCACGCUCGGUCGUCCAUGUCUUUGUCGACGCGACGCUCAAUUCUCUGACAAGGAGACUGGCGUCUCAUUCAGUCACCGGUUAUCCAUUGUCUCUCUUGAUGCUGCUGCACGAAUGCUCGAUCUAGUGCCAGACGUGCCCGACCCGAUCGCUCUUUAUGAGAUUUCUCCAUGGUGGUCCAUCUUACACUGCUUCAUGCAGGCUACCACAGUCCUGCUGCUGGAACUCUCCUUUGGAUGCGUCCACAUCCCUGGACAGGAGAUGGAUACGCUCAAUUCCGCCAAGAAGGCAAUACGCUGGCUACAUGCGAUGUCUAGAAAUAGCAUCGCUUCUAAGCGAGCCUGGCGUCUGUGCGAUGGUACACUCCGGCGGAUUGCAACCGGAAUGGACUACGAUGUAACGGAUAUGCCGCCUUCGCCAGUCGAUGAGCCGGAGCAACCACUGCUUGGAGCUGAUAAUGUUGCCGGCACUGGUAUCGGCGGGUUGGUGCCUCCAUCCGUCGUUCCAACGUACGCCGACUGGACUGCUUCUAUGGAGCAGAGGCCAAUCGUGGCUUCUGAACCUCUACCCCAACCCACCGGGUUGGACUGGCAGCCUCUGCACCCCUCUCUCAUGGGAGGCCAGAACGUACCAGGCGCUUUCUACACCACCGAGGCUCCCGUAGCAGGGAGCAUUCACUUCCCAUACGAUCCCAUCAGCGGAGAGUUCAUCAGGUCAUUCUUCCCUAAUCCGGAGGAAGAGCCUGAAUGGGAACAGUGGGAAUGAGCCCAUGGUGCUUGUUCAUCUUCCGUCUACUGUUGUACAGCCUGGGAAACCGGGCAAAAAAACAGGAAUCACAA